AUGUCGGAUUUUGAUGAAUUCGAGAGACUGUUGACUGAAAAUAAGAAAGGUGAGUGUUGUUGCACAUUCAUCCUACAGUAAUGGUUAAUUUUUACCAGCUACAGUAGCUCCAAUAUAUUAUUUUAGCUAGCUAGCAUACCAGUAGCUCGCUGUCACUGCAUUGCUGCUAGCUAGUUUGCACUAGGCCUAUAAUGUGUUUACCAAAACAAUAUUAUGACUGAGAGACUCACAUGCUUGCACGUCUGCUUGCAAUGUACAACAAAGGGCACUGAUUGACACCCUAGCCAUCCCUGAAUAGCUAGCUACAUCUGCAGGAUUGACUAGUGACAUUUGUAUUUAUUUGGGAGCGACAUUUUUAAUUGCGACCUGAUCAUUACUUUUUGACUUGUGCUGCUAUUAACUGCAGCACGCUCACUAUCAGUUAGCUUAUCUAAAGGGUACUGUACCAGGACACAUAGCUAUACAUUUAUGCAAUAUAGAAUCAGGGAAUGUCAGGGAAUAGUGUUACAGAUAUGCCUACAGAUCGUGUUUUCUCUGCAUGUUGAUGGAGUGAAUUUUGAAUUGCCUUUUAACUCUAACGUUCGCUAUAACAAGAGUAGCAGCAUAUAAUUGUGCUUAUCACAGUUUUUUUUUCGGUAGUAUGCAUAAGGCUUUUUCUCUCCUGCUGCAACUAAGGGAUCCUGUGUCAUUGUCAGUGACUCUCGCCUCCUCUUCCUCCCUCUUUCCCCUUUUAGAGCGGGACAAGGAGAAUCGGCACGGGCGGCGCACCUUGUCCCGCAGUCGCAGCCGAGAGAGGAAGAAGAGGAGCUGGGAAAGGAGGAAGAGCAGGGAUAGCCGCAGCGACAGCAAGGACCGUCAACACAGGCGCAGGUGGAUACCGCUGUACAAGUAUUUGAAAUGAGAUCCACUCCCAUUUUGUGUGAAUAGUUGUCUGCUUUGUGCACCAUUGACUGGUUUCAAAUAUUUAUUUCCCCACCUCUAUGCAAUAGUAAAAGGAAUACCCAUGUUUUAACUGUCAUUUCAGCACACAGACUCAAAAACAAUCCCAAGAGACUGUUGUGAGGUACAGUAAUACAGCGGACAGUGACUUGCAUGACACCUUCAAAGUAUAACUGCUAAUUAGGAGUCAGCUGUCCAUCUGUUGGUUAAGUACUGUACUUGGUGGUUGCUGAGUGUAAUAACGUUAGAAUUGCUUCUUAAUACAAGGUCAAGGUAAGGGGAGACUACUUGGAUCUGUAAUUGUCAUAGAGGCUUGCUUUGAAAUCCAUGCUUAUAUUUUGGUCGAUGUCUGAUGUUUAAUCCAUAUACAAAUGUGAACAUGUAGAUGCUAGAUAUAGUUCUGAGAGGAAUGUGUUAUAACUAUCCAUCCCAAAUGUAUUUUUUAGUUUUUUUAAUAUCUCUUUGAUUCCCAUACUUGUGCUAUUCGUUGUCCUCUGUCCACACAGUCUCUGCAUUGCAAGGCUAUAUAUAUGUCCAUCUCUCCUGUCCUGUCCCCUACUGUCUCUCUCCUGCAGUCGCUCUCCAGCUCUGCACAGAGAGAAGAAGAAGAAAGUGAGGAAGUACUGGGAUGUCCCGGCACCGGGCUUUGAGCAUAUCACCCCCCUACAGUACAAGGCUAUGCAGGGUCAGUUUGGCAAUACUGUCACAUCACAGUCCGUAUUAUGUCUGCUCAAAAGCAAAGGCUGUUGAUGUGAUAUUGUAUGAAAGUAUUCAACUCAGUCCCUCUCUCACUUCAUACAUAUACAUAAAUAUAUAGUCAUACGUACACUGAGUGUACAAAACAUUAAGAACACCUUCCUAAUAAUGAGCAGUUGCACAACUUUCACUGGAGAUGGAAAAAUGAAAUUACUUUUUUGUCCCACCCCAGUUUUAUAAUUGCACUGUGAUACAAAUCGCGGCACCAGUGUGCUUUAGGACCAUGUGGACGCCUCAGAGCGGUCGGGUAGGCUGUUUUCCGGUUUCAGCCAGCUGGAUUUAGGACCGCACGGACAUCACAGAGUGUGCGGACAGGCUGUGUGAAGGCAAAGCUUCUGAAAGGCUGGCGUAUAGGACCAGCACGGGAGAGAUGAUCAGAGGCAGCUGCUGUCUGUGUUGCGCUUUUUCUCCGACUUGUAAAAGCAGGCAGAGCAGAAACUGGCUACUCUUUAGUUGACUGAUCUAGCUGGCAAGGUAACUGCUGUUUGACAGAAAAAAUGUAGUUAUUCCCAGUGCUGAGCUAGUAGUGUAACUGACAUGUUACGUUAACCAAUGUUUCAUCCCCCCUUGACUGAAAUGAAUGAACUACUAGCAGCUAGUUAAUUCUAAAAUUGAUUAAAUCGUUUUUUCCCCUCAUCAAUCUAUACACAAUACCCCAUAAUGACAAAACAGUUUUUUUGAAAUAGUUGCAAAUGUAUUAAAAAUAAGGCUGUUAUCACAUUUACAUAAGUAUUCAGACCCUUUACUCAGUACUUUGUUGAAGCACCUUUGGCAGUGAUUACAGCCUCAAGUCUUCUUGGGUAUGACGCUACAAGCUUGGUACACCUGUAUUUGGGGAGUUUCUCCCAUUCUUCUCUGCAGAUCCUCUCAAGCUCUGCCAGGUUGGAUGGGGAGCGUCGCUCCAAAGCUAUUUUCAGGUCUCUCCAGAGAUGUUCGAUCGGGUUCAAGUCCGGGAUCUGGCUGGGCCACUCCUGUGUUGUCUUGGCUUUGUGCUUAGGGUCUAUGUCCUGUUGGAAGGUGAACCUUCGCCCUAAUCCUGAGGUCCUGAGGUUUUCAUCAAGGAUCUCUCUGUACUUUGCUCCGUUCAUAGUUCCCUCGAUCCUGACUAGUCUCCCAGUCCCUGCCACUGAAAAACACUCCCCAGCAUGAUGCUGCCACCACAAUGCUUCACCGUAGGGUUGUUAUUGGCCAGGUGAUGAGCGGUGCCUGGUUUCCUCCAGACGUGAUGUUUGGUAUUCAGGCCAAAGAGUUCAAUCUUGGUUUCAUCAGACCAGAGAAUCUUGUUUCUCAAGGUCUGAGAGUCCUUUAGGUGCCUUUUGGCAAACUCCAAGCAGGCUGUCAUGUGCCUUUUACUGAGGAGUGGCUUCCGUCUGGCCUCUCUACCAUAAAAGCCUGAUUGGUGGAGUGCUGCAGAGAUGGUUGUCCUUCUGGAAGAUUCUCCCAUCUCCACAGAGGAACUCUGGAGCUCUGUCAGAGUGACCAUCAGGUUCUUGGUCACCUCCCUGACCAAGGCCCUUCUCCCCCGAUUGCUCAGUUUGGCUGGGUGGCCAGCUCUAGGAAGAGUCUUAGUGGUUCCAAACUUCUUCCAUUUAAGAAUGAUGGAGGCCACUGUGUUCUUGGGGACCUCCAAUGCUGCACUAAAUUUUUGGUAGCCUUCCCCAGAUCUGUGCCUUGACACAAUCCUGUCUCGGAGCUCUAUGGACAAUUCCUUCGACCUCAUAGCUUGUUUUUUGCUCUGACAUACACUGUCAACUGUGGGACCUUAUAUAGACAGGUGUGUGCCUUUACCACAGGUGGACUCCAAUCAAGUUGUAGAAACAUCUCAAGGAUGAUCAAUGGCAACAGGAUGCACCUGAGCUCAAAUUUGAGUCCCAUAGCAAAGGGUCUGAAUACUUAUGUAAAUUAGGUAUUUCUGUUUUAAAAUUUGUACAAAUUGCUAAAACCCUGUUUUCACUUUGUCAUUAUGGGUUAUUGUGUGUAGAUUGAUGACGGGAAAAAAACGAUUUAAUCAAUGUUAGAACAAGGCUGUAAGGUAACAAAGUGGAAAAAGUCAAAGGUGAAUACUUUCCGAAUGCACUGUAUAUACAAAAGUAUGUGGAUUCAGCUAUUUCAGCCACACCCGUUGCUGACAGGUGUAUAAAAUCGAGCACACAGCCAUGCAAUCUCAAUAGACAAACAUUGGCAGUAGAAUGGCCUUACUGAAGAGCUCAGUGACUUUCAACGUGACAUCGUCAUAGGAUACCACCUUUCGAACAAGUCAGUUAGUCAAAUUUCUGCCCUGCUAGAGCUGCCUCGGUCAACUAACGUCUAGGAGCAACAACGACUCAGCCACGAAGUGGUAGGCCACACAAGCUCAUAAAACGGGACCGCCGAGAGUUCUGAAGCGCGUAAAAAUCGCCUGUCCUGGGUUGCAACACUCACUACCGAAUUCCAAACUGCUUCUGGAAGCAACGUCAACACAAGAACGGUUCCUUCACGAAAUGGGUUUCCAUGGUCGAGCAGCCGCACACAAGCCUAAGAUCACCAUGCCCAAUGCUGCCAUUGGACUCUGGAGCAGAACUGUAAAGUUUGGUGGAGGAGGAAUAAUAGUCUGGGGCUGUUUUUCAUGGUUCGGGCUAGGUCUCUUAGUUCCAGUGAAGGGAAAUCUUAACGCUACAGCAUACAAUGACAUUCGAGCUGAUUCGGUGCUUCCAACUUUGUGGCAAUAGUUUGGGGAAGGCCCUUUGCUGUUUCAGCAUGACAAUGCCCCCGUGCACAAAGCGAGGUCCAUACAAAAAUGGUUUGCCGAGAUCAGUGUGGAAGAACUUGACUGGCCUGCACAGAGCCCUAACCUUAACCCCAUAUAACACAUUUGGGAUGAAUUGGAACGUCGAUAGAGAGCCAGGCCUAAUGGCCCAACAUCAGUGCCCGACUUCACUAAUGCUCUUGUGGCUGAAUGGAAGCAAGUCCCCGCAGCAAUGUUCCAACAUCUAGUGGAAAGCCAUCCCAGAAGAGUGGAGGCUGUCAUAGCAGCAAAAGGGGGACAAAUUCCAUAUUAAUGCCCAUGAUUUUGGAAUGAGAUGUUCGACGGGCAGGUGUCCACAUACUUUUGGGCAUGUAGUGUAGCUACCACAGUCAGUUCAGCUCUAGCUAGCCUCUAGCUAUCUGUCAGGUAGCAGUAUCUAACAGCUGUUGUGUGUAUGGAAAUGUGUUGUAGCCUUUGUUUUGUCCCAUUUCAACAGAAGUACAUUUGAACCAUUGUAUCAUUAGCUAGAGCUAGCCAAAAGUUGGGUAACGUUAGCUAGCUAGCUCACUAACUUUUGCUAUUAUUUUUGCCUCAAUCACACUAGACCUGAGUCAAAUGAUGAAACCAGCAUCCAAACGAUUGAAGACAUAUAUUCUGAUGUUUCUUCAGCGUAAUGUGAGUUUAUAUUAGUCAGUAAAGCAAUGUAAUGUUAUUCAACUGUCAGUUUCCCUAGUUAAUUCCCUACUUUUCACACUGACACGGUAUAAACAGCUCUACAGGCUUCACUGUCAUGGUGCACAGUCAGUACACAACACUAUGAUCAUCAUGUCUUAGCAGGGUCAGGCAGCCAGGGAAUACCAGUCUACGGAGCUCAGGUGAAUUUUGCGAUCAGUGAAUGGAUACAAAGUUCCAUCUUGAGUUGAUGGGUAGGCUGCAGUCAGGAAUCUGGGAAUAAUGGUAAUUUCAAAUAUUUAACCAUUCAUUAUAUUCUUGGAUAAUAUAAUGUAUAAAUGUACACCAAGGAAAUUCUUUGUCAUGCCUCAUCUGAGCAGGAUCAGAUGGUGACGGGUCUCAGCAGGGUCAGGCAGGCAGGGAAGACCAGUCUGUGACGGCGCAGAGGUGAACUUUUGCAGAUACAACACUUUAUUCUCUCUGUGCAGCAAACACUGGACAAGAAAGAAGCUUCAAAGAUUUAAACUAUUUUAAGGCAGUCUGACAAACCUCUAAAGUUGAUUUCCAAACUGUAUCAAGGGUUGAUAGUGGCUUUUCCCAAUGACACAAAACAUGUAAAACAAAAAUGUGAGGAAGACCUGGGAGACGCUAUUGAUGAUGAUGAAUGGAUACAGAUAUGUUAGAAUGCCCAGUCAUGUUCAUAUAAUCUCAGACAGAAAUUACUGCAGUUUAAGACUAUCCAUAUAACAUAUUAUAUGCCAGUUAAACUGAAUAUCAUGCACUCAGAAAUUAAAUUAUUCUGCUGGAGGUGUAAAACACAAAAGGGGGUAUAUUUGCAUAUAUUAUGGUCUUGUAAAGGCUGGCUGAAUUCUGACAAAGAGUAUGUUCUUUUAUCUCAGCAUGUUUACAGAUUCACCCUGUUUUUGUUUGCUUAUAAAUGUUGAUACUGGAGACUGUUAUCAGACAAAACUAUAACCUAGCGGCUAAGAAAUGCAUUGCCAUUAAUUGGAAGGUUGGUGAUCCUCCCACAAUGUCACAAUGGAUGGCAGAAAUGUAAAGUUAUGCAUCACUGAAUUUGAUUUAUUACAAGAUUAAGGGUAUACUGUGCAACUUUCAUAAGGUCUGGAUUUCUUAUAUGGAAUACUGUACGACAAAAGGAGUCUAUUGAAAACAUGCCCACUUCAGGGGAGAUACAGUACCUAUUUAGGCAAUCGCUAGCUGCUGGGCUGCUCAAUCCUGGCCCUGGGGGUCUGCCAUUCUGUUGGUUGUCACUCUUGCCUUGGCCUAACACACCUGAAAACAAUAAUGAAUGUUUCACUAAGAUUCUGAAGCUGAGUAGGGUGUAUUGGGUUGGGGCGCUGCAUGGUCGUGGACCCCUAGGGGCAGGACGGGGAGACCCAGCUAUAUUGUGUGCAAGUAAAAAGAGCUCUACAGUACUAUUAGGCUUAUGAUACGAAUUAUAUGGAGGAUGACACAACACAAUGCCACAGAUGUCUCAAGUUUUGAGGGAGCGUACAGUUGGCAUGCUGACUGAAGGAAUAUCCACCAGAGCUGUUGCCAGAUAAUUGAAUGUUUUAAUUUCUCUACCUCCAAUGUCAUUUUAGAGAAUUUGGCAGUACGUCCAACCGGUCUCACAACAGCAGACCUCGUGCCCUGCGGGAUCUACAGUACUAUUAGGCUUAUGAUACGAAUUAUAUGGAGGAUGUACUGUUUCUGUGUGUUAAUGUGUAGGAGGUGUAUGUGUGUUUUUAUUAAACUUUUGAUUUCUAAACCUUUCCCUUGAGACAUAAGAAAAAGUAGAUGUGAAGGAAGUUGUGUUGGGGAGAGAGUUGAGUUAUUGACUAGACUGGUGGGGAUCAGGGCGUGCAGGCGGAUCGGGCUGGUCUGGCUGAAAUUUGAUAUAGAGGAUGUCUUAAUAAAGACAAUCAAAAGUUAAGUCUUUUGUACUUUAUUUGUAAGAGUUGUUCAUUUGUUAGGCUGUUGGUUAAAGGUGCAACACAAUAUUGAUUAUUGAAUUAUCAUUGAUCUAUACUGAACAAAAAUGUAAAUGCAACAUGUAAAGUGUUGGUCCCAUAAAAUAAAAGAUCCCAGAAAUGUUCCAUAUGCACCAAAAGCUUAUUUCUCUCAAAUGUUGUGCACAAAUUUGUUUACAUUCCUGUUAGUGAGCAUUUCAACUUUGCCAAGAUAAUCCAUCCACCUGACAGGUGUGGCAUAUCAAAAAGCUGAUUAAACAGCAUUAUCAUUACACAGGUGCACCUUGUACUGGGGACAAUAAAAAUAGACUCUAAAAUGUGUCACACAACACAAUGCCACAGAUGUCUCAAGUUUUGAGGGAGCGUACAGUUGGCAUGCUGACUGAAGGAAUAUCCACCAGAGCUGUUGCCAGAUAAUUGAAUGUUUUAAUUUCUCUACCUCCAAUGUCAUUUUAGAGAAUUUGGCAGUACGUCCAACCGGUCUCACAACAGCAGACCUCGUGCCCUGCGGGAUCGUCUGAGACCAGCCACCCGGACAGCUGAUGAAACGGGACUAUUUCUAUUUUUGUGGGGAAAACUCAUUCUGAUUGGCUAGGCCUGGCUCCCAAGUAGGUGGGCCUAUGCCCUCCUAGGCCCACCCAUGGUUGCGCCCCUGCCCAGUCAUGUGAAAUCCAUAGAUUAGGGCCUAAUUAAUUUAUUUCAAUUGACUGAUUUCCUUAUAUGAACUGUAACGCAGUAAAAUUGUUGCAUGUUGCGUUUAUAUUGUUGUUCGGUAUAGUUCAGUCUUAUCAAUCACUUAAAUAUUUAAUAAUGGUCUCUUACCUAGCUUGAUGACUGGUCAUUUUUUAUUACUUUUUUGUUGUUCUAAAUAGAGACAGCUAGAAGGGCAAUGGGUCAUAUUUGAUUGUGUAGAAAUUCAGGAAAUUAGCUUUAGAUGCCCCAAAAAAUAGAAGGACCCUCAGACCCCAUGCCAAGUUAUAUCCCCUCCACUUCUAAAACCAAAGUUGUGCCCCUUCCCACAGUGGUGUCAAGUUCGCUGGAUGUCCUUUGGAUGGAGGACCAUUCUUGAUACACACGGGAAACUGUUGAGCGUGAAAAACCCAGCAGCGUUGCAGUUCUUGACACACUCAAACCAUUGGGCCUGGCACCUACUACCAUACCCCGUUCAAAGGCACUUAAAUAUUUUGUCUUGCCCAUUCACCCUCUGAAUGGCACACAUACACAAUCCAUGUCUCAAGGCUUAAAAAUCAUUAUUUAACCUGUCUUCUCCCCUUGAUCUACACUGAUUGAAAUGGAUUUAACAAGUGACAUCAAUAAGGGAUUAUGGCUUUCACCUGGAUUCACCUGAUCAUUCUACGUCAUGGAAAGAGCAGGUGUUCAGUAUUUCUUCUUCGUUGGGAGUCAUAUCUAACUUGAGUCCAUGUUCCUCUCUCAGCUGCUGGCCAGAUCCCAGCCACGGCCCUGCUGCCCACCAUGAUAACUCCAGAGGGGCUGGCCUCCACCCACACUUCUGUACCCAUGGUGGGCAGCCAAAUGACCAGGCAGGCCAGGAGGCUCUACGUAGGCAACAUACCGUUCGGCAUCACAGAGGUAGGUAAUAGGGAACUGCUACCCUUUCCAAACUACUGAGUUGUACAUAAGGCCUAAAAUACAGUUAAAGACGAACGCCACAACCCUAUGAUAUAACUGUCAUAGCAUCAGCCUGGUCGAGAGCCUUCUACAUACUUCUGCCUUCCUCACUGCAAAAUGUAUAAUAAGUGACUCUUUCGUGUGAUCGUCUAUGUUGUGUCAAUAGGAGGCCAUGAUGGAUUUCUUCAAUGCCCAGAUGCGCCUCGGCGGUCUUACCCAGGCCACUGGCAACCCUGUUCUAGCUGUGCAGAUAAACCAGGACAAGAACUUUGCCUUCCUCGAGGUGUGUGCUCAACUAAAAUGUAUUUAAUAUAAAAAUGAAAUAGCAUGAAAUAGAUCAUGGAUGGCAGUUAUUAGCUAACUUGCAUUGCCCGUGAACAGUUUCCUUCCUGAGUGCUGAAGUUUUGUUGAGUUCUGCAUGCUUCUACCAUAGCACGUCAUAAUGUUGACCUUCUCUCUACUUGUUCCUCUUCCAGUUCCGCUCGGUGGACGAGACAACCCAGGCCAUGGCCUUUGACGGCAUCAUCUUCCAGGGUCAGAGCCUGAAGAUCAGACGGCCUCACGACUACCAGCCCCUUCCCGGCAUGAGUGAGAGCCCCAGUGUCUAUGUACCAGGUGGGUCUUUCCAUAGGACAUCAACGACUUGUUUACCCUGUUGAAUCCUCUGAUUUCAAUGAAAAUGUUCUUAACCCCAUUUCUCACUGUUGCUUGGAUUAGGAGUGGUUUCGACUGUUGUGCCAGACUCCGCCCACAAACUCUUCAUCGGUGGCUUGCCAAAUUAUCUCAAUGAUGAUCAGGUCAGUCCUUUCUAGCUUAUUGAAGUCCUUCUUUCUAAGUCUCUGGCAUGAUCAAUAAAUGUCAUACUACUCUUUAUUUUUGUCAAUCAUCAAAGGUUAUUUAGUUCCAACAAUGUUACUAAUAGAGCAAUCUAUCUUUAAUUUCCUCUCAUAUUAUGAUGUUCAUUGUUGGUGUUUUCCUGUCUUCACACCCUGCCUUUGUUCCGUAGGUAAAAGAGCUAUUGACCUCCUUUGGCCCUCUGAAGGCCUUCAACCUGGUCAAAGACAGCGCCACGGGACUCUCCAAGGGCUACGCCUUCUGUGAAUAUGUGGACAUCAAUUUGAAUGACCAGGUCAGUGUCAGAUAUUGCACCUGUAUUGCUGGAUGCAAUCUUGUUAUAGACUUGAUGUUAACAUAAGGUCAUAGACUCUUGGGCUGCAUGUCAGUAGUCCAAAGUGGCUACCCUGUGUUUCUUCUUUCAUCCGCACUGAUCUGAUAUACCUGGCCAAGUGAAAGCAAAUCUCAUAAUAGUUUUCUGCCAUAUUGCUUUCACCUAUCCAGCCUUUGCAGAUCAGCGCUGUUGUAGGAAAGGAGAUGAGAGUAGGAUGCACAUUUUGAGUGGAAAGAUGGGAGCAAAUCCCAAACUCCUUCUAUCAUAAAAAUUAAUAUAUUAACUUUUCUAGUUCCAUGAUCCCUCUGUCACCACCAGCAGGAUACUGGGACAGGCUACAUUCUUUACUUGCUAAAUUCAUUUGGAAGAUGAAACACCCUCGUAUUAAGUUUUCUACUUUUCAGCGUGAAAAAUGUGCAGGUUACCAAAACCUCCAGCGUGAAAAAUGUGCAGGUUGCCAAAACCUCCCAAAUUUCAAAUUCUAUUUUUGGGCUUUAAUUUUACUCCCUCUGUACUCAUGUUUAAAUCCUGCUACAGCUGUAUCUUGGUGCCCCCUAGAGGAAAAACAAGUUGCCCCUCAAACUCUAAGACACAAUCCAUUCUGAUAUCCCGUCAAAAAUUGCAAACUCAAAUUUGGCCCUAUCAUCUCACAACUUAUUUCAGUCUGGCGCCUGGUUGGUAAACAUACCAAAACCAAUCUCACCAUCCUCACCUUCCUUUAUUUCACAAUCACACUCUCCACCUGGGUGGUCGUCCUCUCUCUUCAUCAAUGGUCUGAAAGAGGGAAUCCUACUAUCUCAGAUAUAACUGAAGGCUACUAUCUGUGUGCAUCUCAAGCAAUUUAACUUACCUGGUACUUCCUUUUUCUUUUACUUACAACUCCGUUCUGCUUUGCGUGUUUAUGGAGUUCCUUUGGGGGACAAGAAUGGUCUAUCCAUCCUAUCCAGAAAUGAUUUAUUCAUAGUAGUACACAGGGACUGGUCUCUAAAUGACAUUCUCUGCUACUUAAAAUGACUCAUAAACCAAUUCCUUCCCAUGUAUCAUGGAAGAAAGACCUUUCCGUAUGUACAGUCGUGGUGAAAAGUUUUGAGAAUGACACAAAUAUUAAUUUUCACAAAGUCUGCUCCCUCAGUUUUUAUGAUGGCAAUUUGCAUAUACUCCAGAAUGUUAUGAAGAGUGAUCAGAUGAAUUGCAAUUAAUUGCAAAGUCCCUCUUUGCCAUGAAAAUGAACUUAAUCCCAAAAAAACAUUUCCACUGCAUUUCAGCCCUGCCACAAAAGGACCAGCUGACAUCAUGUCAGUGAUUCUCUCGUUAACACAGGUGAGAGUGUUGACGAGAACAAGGCUGGAGAUCACUCUGUCAUGCUGAUUGAGUUAGAAUAACAGACUGGAAGCUUUAAAAGGAGGGUGGUGCUUGAAAUCAUUGUUCUUCCUCUGUUAACCAUGGUUACCUGCAAGGAAACACGUGCCGUCAUCAUUGCUUUGCACAAAAAGGACUUCACAGGCAAGGAUAUUGCUGCUAGUAAGAUUGCACCUAAAUCAACCAUUUAUCGGAUCAUCAAGAACUUCAAGAAGAGAGGUUCAAUUGUUGUGAAGAAGGCUUCAGGGCGCCCAAGAAAGUCCAGCAAGCGCCAGGACCGUCUCCUAAAGUUGAUUCAGCUGCGGGAUCGGGGCACCACCAGUGCAGAACUUGCUCAGGAAUGGCAGCAGGCAGGUGUGAGUGCAUCUGCACGCACAGUGAGGCGAAGACUUUUGGAGGAUGGCCUGGUGUCAAGAAGGGCAGCGAGGAAGCCACUUCUCUCCAGAAAAAACAUCAGGGACAGACUGAUAUUCUGCAAAAGGUACAGGGAUUGGACUGCUGAGGACUGGGGUAAAGUCAUUUUCUUUGAUGAAUCCCCUUCCCGAUUGUUUGGGGCAUCCGGAAAAAAGCUUGUCCGGAGAAGACAAGGUGAGCGCUACCAUCAGUCCUGUGUCAUGCCAACAGUAAAGCAUCCUGAGACCAUUCAUGUGUGGGGUUGCUUCUCAGCCAAGGGAGUGGGCUCACUCACAAUUUUGCCUAAGAACACAGCCAAGAAUAAAGAAUGGUACCAACACAUCCUCCGAGAGCAACUUCUCCCAACCAUCCAAGAACAGUUUGGUGACGAACAAUGCCUUUUCCAGCAUGAUGGAGCACCUUGCCAUAAGGCAAAAGUGAUAACUAAGUGGCUCAGGGAACAAAACAUCGACAUUUUGGGUCCAUGGCCAGGAAACUCCCCAGACCUUAAUCCCAUUGAGAACUUGUGUUCAAUCCUCAAGAGGCGGGUGGACAAACAAAAACCCACAAAUUCUGACAAACUCCAAGCAUUGAUUAUGCAAGAAUGGGCUGCCAUCAGUCAGGAUGUGGCCCAGAAGUUAAUUGACAGCAUGCCAGGGCGGAUUGCAGAGGUCUUGAAAAAGAAGGGUCAACACUGCAAAUAUUUACUCUUUGCAUAAACUUAAUGUCAUUAUCAAUAAAAGCCUUUGACACUUAUGGAAUGCUUGUAAUUAUACUUCAGUAUACCAUAGUAUCAUCUGACAAAAAUAUCUUAAACUUUGUGAAGACCAAUACUUGUGUCAUUCUCAAAACUUUUGACCACAACUGUAGUACUGUGACUAAUUGGACUAGAGUUUGGUCCAACAAAUCAAUUUCAUCAAGAAACCCCAACCACCAAAUGAUACAUUACUAUUUUGCCCAUAGAACUUACUGUACACCAUGCAAACUAUUUAAGAUGAAAGCUAGACAAACCCCAAAUUGUUCGGUCUUGUCACUUGUUUUUCUGUCCAUGUGUACCUGUUUUGUGUACCUUAUUACAAAUAGUAAAAACAUUUGAUCACAAAAGAAAGGAAGCUAAUUUUGACUAUUGAGAUGCAUCCCUCUGUUUUAACUGUUUACUGUCUCAGGCCAUUGCAGGGUUGAAUGGGAUGCAGCUGGGGGACAAGAAGCUCCUGGUCCAGAGAGCCAGUGUUGGGGCCAAGAACGCAGCUCUGGUGAGUACCGGAGAUGAUAGACUACAUGGAGAGACACACUUUACAAAUGGUUGCUGUUCAAAAGGAGCAAACAGGAGAGAACCUUUCGAAAUAGAAGACAGAAUGGGAAAAAAAUUAGUGAUAUUUUGGGGUAAAUUAGGACCUAACUAUCCCCUCUGUUUCAAGCCUUUUUUAAUCCACCUCCACUGACCUAAAACAUCAAGCUUUGUUUCAUAACUUAAUCAGGACAAUCCAGAGCUGAUUAACGAUUGACUAAGCGUAUGCACCACUGCAAAGUAGACAUAAUAUUAUUACAAAAACAAGUUGAAUAAUAACAGUUUCAUAUUUGUUUUUGUUUUGUAGUUUUUUUCUUUCAUUUGUUUUUACACCAUAAACAUUCUAAAACGUUUUCUAAAAGUAUCCCAUGUUCUUUCAACCUUCCCAAUAACCAACACCUCUCCCCACCCUUCCCCUCUUCCACACCCCCACCGUUCCCCUCUUUCCCCACCAGACGGGUAUGAACCAGACCCCAGUGACCCUCCAAGUGCCAGGCCUGAUGCCAACCUCCAUGGCCUCGCUGGGUGGCCUGCCCACUGAGGUGCUCUGCCUGAUGAACAUGGUGGCUGUGGAGGAGCUGCUGGAUGACGAGGAGUACGAGGAGAUCGUGGAAGACGUCCGCGGUGAGUGCAGCAAGUACGGCCAGGUGAAGAGCAUCGAGAUCCCCCGGCCUGUGGAUGGCCUGGAGGUCCCAGGCACUGGGAAGGUGAGGAGGGGGAGAGGAAUAGGGGGGGACAUGGGUGUUAGGAUGGGAUAGGGCAUGGGGGUGUUUGUUGCAGUGUUUUGAGGAGAGUUUGUGUUGUGUGUACUCUGAAAUUGCACAGUUUCAAAGUGAAUCCGUUAAAUUAUUGAAUCUCCUUGGGGAAAUGUGCCUUUCGCCUCCCAUCAAACAAGCAUAGCAAUUCAUAACAUCACUCUUGCCUAGUCUUGUGGUAAUAGUUUUCAAUGCGAUAAUCCCUUUGUAUGUGUAUGUGUAAACAUUUAUCAUAGUUCAUUGCUGUAGAAUUAUAUUUAACAUGGUUGUCUGGUUCCAUACAGAAUGGCCAUACACCCACUCUCCUAUCCUUUCUUUCCCUCACCCUCAGAUCUUUGUGGAGUUCAUGACCCUGUUUGACUCCCAGAAGGCCAUGCAGGCGCUGACAGGCAGGAAGUUUGCCAACAGGAUGGUGAUGACCAAGUACUGUGACCCGGACGCCUACCACCGCCGGGACUUCUGGUAG